UGUGUCAUUGCAGGGCUCAUCUGUCUGAAGUCAUUCACUGCAGCAGAGACUUUUCUCCUGCACAUCGACCCGCAGGCUCUGUGAUCCGGUCUGAUCAGACCUGAUCUGAUCUGAUCUGAUCUGAUCUGAUCGAUAUUUCACUGAAACUGGUUUAUUCAUUUCCCGGACCGAGACGUCGCGGCGAAGCUUCGCAGAUCAAGUUCUCUCUUCAACUUGUCUUCACUCAGGAAGUGAAACCCAGCCGACCACCAAACAGCCUCACUUGGAUUUUAUCACUUUUACUGGAGAGAAAUCUGCUUUUCCAGACUCAAGCCUCAUAAACAACUGCAGGUUUCUGGCCUCACCGGCGGGGAGGGGACGGAGGACGGGGGACGGGGGACGGCGCCUCGUCUUCCAGGACUCGGCAGUGAUGACGUCUCACCCCGGAGCUCGGUCCAGCUCUUCUCGGCCGUUUCCGCCGUCUGGGUGACUCUGGCGGACGUUCCGGGGGAUUCUGAGGAGGCUGCAGCUAUGGACGUUGUGGCGAGGUUUCCUCCCUCCUCAUUAGUGACCCCGCCGCUCGUCUCGCCAUGGUGGACGACCCCGUCGAAGUCCUCUACAUCGUCCUGGAGCUGCUGAUCGCCGCCUUCUCCGUGCUGGGCAACGUGCUGGUCUGCUGGGCCGUGUACCUCAACAGCAACCUGCAGACCAUCACCAACUUCUUCGUGGUGUCGCUGGCGGUGGCCGACAUCGCCGUGGGCGUCCUGGCCAUCCCCUUCGCCAUCGCCAUCAGCACCGGCUUCAGCUCCAACUUCUACGGCUGCCUCUUCAUCGCCUGCUUCGUGGUCAUCCUCACGCAGAGCUCCAUCUUCAGCCUGCUGGCCAUCGCCAUCGACCGCUACAUCGCCAUCAAGAUCCCGCUCAGGUACAACAGCUUGGUGACGGGCGAGCGGGCUCGAGGCAUCAUCGCCCUCUGCUGGGUCCUGUCCAUCGCCAUCGGUCUGACCCCCAUGAUGGGCUGGCACGUCAAGCACCCGACGUCCCCGACGCACCACACACCCCCGACGCCCCCGAGCCGUAACAGGUCGUGCUCGCCCGGCCUGGUGGAGUGCAAGUUCGAGAACGUGGUGGUGAUGGAGUACAUGGUCUACUUCAACUUCUUCGUGUGCGUGCUGAUCCCGCUGCUGCUGAUGCUGGCCAUCUACCUGUGCAUCUUCAUGGCCGCCCGCCACCAGCUGAAGCUGAUCGAGGUGAAGGCGGCUCACGGCGAGAAGACGAAGACGCGCUCCACGCUGCAGAAGGAGGUCCAGGCCGCCAAGUCCCUGGCCAUCAUCGUGGGGCUGUUCACCGUGUGCUGGCUGCCGCUACACAUCAUCAACUGCUUCACCCUGCUCUGCAGCGAGUGCCAGCGCCCGCCGGCGUGGGUCCUGAACGUGGCCAUCAUCCUCUCCCACGCCAACUCCGUGGUCAACCCCUUCAUCUACGCCUACCGCAUCCGCGAGUUCCGGCAGACCUUCCGCAAGAUCAUCCGGCGCCACAUCCUGGGCCGGCAGGAGCUGUUUCCGUCCGGCGGCAGCAAGCGGAACUCCGCCCACAACAGCAUCACGGACUCCAUCCGGCUGAAAGCCAACGGCCUCAGUCUGGACGUCUUCGCGGAGCACAGCAGCGGCGACUGCGAGAGCGCCACCCACUGUCCCGCCCACGUGUCUCCCAUAGGGGGCGGCCUGGUGGCGGUUUCCCACCUCCCCCUGUCGGUAGUCAUCUCCCACUGUCCCAGGAUGGGGUCGUGCCCGCUGCCAGCCCUCGGACACGCCCCCAUCUCGAUGGACCGCCACGUCCAGUAUGCGGACUGCGCCGAAGCCGAAGACCUGGCAGAGCAGAGUGGGCGGAGCCUCGGCUCGGCCCGCCUCACCUCGCUUUUCAGCAAACAGAAGCAGAAGAGCUGCAUCAGUGAACUGGCCGAGGUGUCCUGACCAAUCGCCAGGAGAGGCGUCCAAACUAAUCCAGAGGAAGAACGCUCAGGACCGCGGUGGACGCAGGAGGAAGCCCCGAAACUGAACAACAGACGAAGAAUCGCUCUGGCAUCACUUCCACCCUGAAGAAUCCCCCCUCCAUUUACAUUUACUGACUUUUUAAUUUAAUCAUACCAAAGUCUGAAGGCACUGAUGCUGGUUCACAACGGCCACACCGCUUCUUAAAACCACAUGACGGAGGCGGUGAAGGCUGUAGAGUAGAGUAGAGUAGAGAUACUGCAUUAAUCCCAGGGGGAAGUUCUUGUUAGGAUGUAUUUUAACAUUGGACCAAAAGUUAUUCACAAAAAUAAAUGUAUACGCUCUUAAUAGAGCUGUAACAAUAUAUUUGUUAUUAUGACUGUGAUAUCGACAUGUGCAAUAUUACAAAAAAAAACUGACAGAGGCAUUAAUUUGAGUCCCCGUUUAAACAACAUUUUCACGUUUACGUUGCAUUGUUUGGUGUCUGUUUGCUGCUUUCGAUGGAAACGGCAGAGGAACCAAAGGAAAAAAACACAGUGCAGUAAUGUUUGAUCCAAACUGAGUCCGAGAAAAGAAAAAGCGCUGUGAUUUGGAACCAAAAAAAUCCCUAAGCUUUAAAAAAAGCUUCCAGAAGUGUCCGCCAAAACGGUUUGAAUCAGAGAUUCAGGUUUUCCUCGAGGCAGUUUGGGGAAAAAGGUUCAGAAAUACGACCAUCACGAUCUUCUUCUUCUUGUCGUUCUUCCUCUGCUCUUCCGUCCCGGCGGGUUUCCCCUCCGCCUGGUCUCCUGCGAGCCACACAGUACGGUUACCACUCCAUCAAAGCCUUUCCCUCCAUUCACGCAGCAUUAAAGCUCCUCCGGCCUGCCUCAUCAGACCGGGAACCUCGGACAGAACCCUUCAUCCUGCACUCAUUACUAGAUUCAGAUAUUAUUUCAAGACGGGUGUCGUUCUUUAAAAACAAAACAAGCUCGUUUCUGUCAUAUUUCAUAAGUCAGCGUUGUAUAAAAUCCACUGUAAUCUUCAGAAAGCUCUGCUGAUCCAGUUUGCUCCUCCUGUCGAGCGUCCAGCCAAGCUUGUGUUUUCUCCGUCACGGCCACGCUCUGGUCCUGUUUUUAAGAUGUGAUCGUGUACUUAAAGGGUUCAUGAACACCGUCGUCUUCAUCAUGUGUGUAAAUCUCAUCAUUCAAGUGCUGAAGAACGCCUCACUCCAUCAGGGAUACAAACAGGAAGUCCCUCUGUCUUCGCCACCUGCGCCGGGACUCUACCUGGACUGACUUAGCUCCUGGGCCUCAGUCCUGCUGGUAUAACGGCUGAAACGCACCGCUUGAUGCUCCUUUCAGUUAAUUUAUUGCAAAUGUUGGCACAGCUGAGUAAAAGAGGACGGUGAAUGGUUCUGUGUUGUAUCAAACUUUCCGGCGGCUGCUGCCUUCUGCGUCCCGUCUUAAAGGAAACCUCUCUGUACUUUCUGGUGUUAUUUAGUGUUUUUUUUUUUUCUCGGGAGAUGUGGAGGCCUGCGGGGCUGAGUCACAGAUCUGCCGUGCUUAUUCUGGGGAAUGCUUCAUUAAACUGUCAAACUAUC